AUGGCAGAAGCUACUUUACCAAAUCAGUCACAACCUUGUGGAAAUAAUUUAUUACUGGUUGGAAGCAAGCAAUCCCCAUCAAGUUCAGAAGCUCUCCAACAGCAACAAAGUAGUAUUUUUAGUUCGAUAUCACUAUCAUCAUACCAAGUAAUUCCUCCUGUAACUCAUCAACCAGGAUCGGAGCCUGAAAAUACUGUUGCAUGGACACCCCCAGCUCAACAGACACAGGAUUGUCCAUCUGGACUAGAAUAUUUAAUAAAUCUUGAUAAAGUCCUAAUAAAACAACAACCCGAUCCUUUGGAAAUGAAAUCUUACACGAUAACGCCCGAUCGAUUUAUUAUAAAGAAUAAAUAUGAUCAGCAAGUUUUUCUAGGUGUAGAAGAAGGCGAACCUCGGCAAACGUUAGAUAUUUACAGGCCAAUUAUUUUAAAGGCUUAUGACCGAAGCGGGCUAGAAGUAUUUAAAGUCUAUCGUGGAUCUCUACCAGUAUACUCGCUUUGUUCAUGUAGUGCAUCAAGUUCUGUAAAGAUUCGACUCACUUUUGAAUCACCACCGGGCACUCUACUCUAUUACCUUUGGCCAACUAGUUUUAAAGGUCAUUACUACAUAAAUGACAUAAACGGUAAAUGCUACGUAAAGGUUAUAAACAAAAUCAAAAGGAAGCAGUUCUUGGAAUCUCCACCUACAGAAUUCAAUUUUGAUAUAUAUGAUUACAUAGAGAAUUGCUUAAUUGGUACUAUGAAGAAGAAGUGGUUAGGCCAUCAAGCCCUAUCUCAUGAGCACAGCCUUGAAAUUGACUUUCUAAUCGAUUCACCUCCAGGACUGAAAGCAUGUAUUAUCGCGAUCGGUAUGCUCUACGAUGUCUAUUUCUUUGAUAACUACACAGAACACCAGAACCGUAUAGUGGAGCAUAACUGUGGAAGAAAAAGCUUUGUCAAUCGUAAAUAA